CAAAUGUUUAUUUGUAAUUUUUACUUCGCGCAAUCUUUUUUAUCUAUUUUUAUUUCAAAAGUUUUAAAACUGCAUCACUUUGUUUGUGUGAUUUUGUUUAAAAAUAAUAAACCUUUGUUUUGUGAUUAAAUUAGAUUAAACUAGAAUAACAUUAAAAAAUGAGCACAUUCAUGGGAAUUUUCGAUGAAAUUCCUGGCAUUGCUGUUGACCGUUUUGAUGCAGAUUGUUUGAAAUCCAAUUACCUAUUCCUUUCACAUUGCCAUGCAGAUCAUAUGGUUGGACUCUCGGAAAUAGUUAAUCUUUCUAUUCCAUUAAUCACCAGUGAAAUAUCAGCAGUAUUUCUUAAACAUCAAUUUCCAAACAUAUCCAAUGCUAUAGAAACAAUAGAAAUUGAAUCGCCACUUGAACUCAAAUACAUCUUGAAUGGAAACGAAAUUGAACUGAUUGUUACCGCCCUCCCAGCUAAACACUGUCCUGGCUCGGUAAUGUUUCUAUUUGAAACAACGACCCAAACAGUCUUGUACACAGGAGAUUGCAGAAUUCUCCCAUCUCAUUUUCAGCAGUAUGACAUUUUAAAAAAUAAAACGGUCGACUCAAUUCAUCUGGAUUCCACAUUCCUUUCCGAAAGAUUUUAUGAGUUCCCAACACAAUAUGAAAGUAUAUCGGAAAUAUGCUCACUUAUCCAUGAAUGGCUUGAGAUGCAUUAUGAAAACAAAGUUCUCAUAGAAAUGCCCGCUCAAUAUGGUGUAGAGUUCCUUUUCAUGGCCAUUGAACAAAAAUUAGGACAGAAAAUUUAUGUCAAUGAGAAACAAUGGCAAAAAUAUGUUUAUCUUCCUGCAAUGGAUCAUUGUAUAUCACCAGAUGCUAGUAAAUGCAGAAUUUUUACAAAAUUCAAAGGUUUUUAUGGAACAUACCCUGAUUAUCCAUUGAAAAAACUACGAGUCAUUAAGCCAUCGGCAAUGUUUUGGAAAGAUUGGAAACGUGGUGAACCUAUUGUGAUGCAAGUGGGUGAUAAAAAUGAGUAUCGUGUUGCCUACUCUAAUCAUUGCAGUUGUUUGGAGUUGAAACAAUUUUUAGAAUUUAUUAAACCAAAAAGAGUUAGUUUGAAUGUUGUUCCGGAUAAUUGUCGACUUAGCUAUGCGAAUUGUUUGAACAAAAUUUACGUUACAAACAAUGAGACGAUUAUAACUGUAGAAAAGGAAGAUGAAAUAAGUUUUGAUAGUAUAUUCUUUUUACCAAAUCCAUGUAAUCUUAAAAGAAAUAACUCAGAAGCUAAGCUUCUGCCGAAAAGACUGAAAUCCUGACGAAAAAUUAUACAUACAUAUUUUUAUUAAUUGAUGUUGUUAAAUUAGUAUAAGAAAUUGUUUUAAUAAAAUUAUUCAGGUAAAAUUAGUUUGUUUUUUUUGAAUGGCUUGUGCUGUUGAGUUUUGAUGAAUUGAAGAAGAAAAAGCGUAUCAAUGAGCCUUAUCUCGAAUUCCAUUCGUAUCCGAAAUUUGCCACGAUUCCCGAAAAAAUAAUCACGGCAUCUGUUCGUAAUGGAAAUUUUCAUACAGGUCGUCACUACGAUCGGAUUUUGUGAUUGUUUUUACGGGAAUCGUAAAAAAUUUUCGAUACGAAUGGAAUUCGUGAUGAGUCCGAUAAUGAUACUUGAUACAAU